UAUUGUGCCCACUUAAAAUUUGGAUGAAGAUAUUCUGUUGAGUAGGGUAGUUUACCCUCAAGCUAGCCCUUUAAGAAGCCUCCCGUCUCCGGUUCCCAUGCUGACGUCAGGCGCGAGAUGGUGACCGGCUGGAACUGCUGCGCGAGUAGAGGAGGGGGUUGAGCCAGGCGAGGGAGGGUAUCUGACGGGGCCGCAAGCAGACACCGCGGCCAGCAGCGGCAACUUUUCUCCUCAUUUUCUUUUUUUUUUCUUUUAUCUUCUUUUCCACUUCCUAAUCACUUCUCAAGUCCUUCAAAGGUCGCCUCGCCGCCUCUCUCAUCAUCACUGGAGAACCAGUCGUAGGGUUGUCUAUCCAUAACGGAAAAAGAGGAGAGAAUUAGGCUUUCCGCUGCGGAGAUUUGCCUCGCCUCGGCCGCUAGACCAAGCCAGACGCCACUAGCUUUUUCGAUGGUUUUCAAAAGUUGGAACUCAUACUUCUGACGGACAUCCCGGAAUAGUUUUGGUCGACACAGUCGACGCAUCAAAUGGUUUAUUAUUGGGGAAUUUCUCUUGAUGCGCGAGAAGAGUUUUUCAUUUGUCUAAAGGACACAGCGCCCCCACCCAACUUUUUCGCCUCCCUUGUGAGAACCCCCCUUCACGGCCGUGAGUGGCCUGUCCCGUCCGACGCUCUGGAAUGAGAGGGGUCAAUACCAGGUCGAGUAAAGGGGUUGGCAAAAUUGGCAAACUUUUAAUUUUCCUCCGUUUUCAUUGAUUACCGUUUCUACACCAACUAUGGAAGUUAACUAAUUGAAAGGACUGGGCACGGGGCCGACUGGACGUAGAACGUGAGGUAGAGCCUCUUCCCGUUCCAUUUCGUUUAAAGGGUCAGGGUUUGUGGCAACAUGGCCGCAUCUGUGAAGGUGGCAGUCCGGGUUCGACCCUUUAACUCCCGCGAGACCAACUUGGACUCAAAGUGUGUGAUCCAGAUGCAGGGAAAGUCAACCUGUAUAACAAACCCCAAACAGCCCAAAGAUGGAGCCAAAAACUUCACAUUUGAUUAUUCCUACUGGUCACACACUUCUGCAGAGGACCCAGCCUUUGUGUCCCAGCAGCAGGUGUACAGGGACAUUGGGGAGGAGAUGCUGCUGCAUGCUUUUGAGGGUUAUAAUGUCUGCAUCUUCGCCUAUGGACAGACCGGCGCUGGCAAGUCUUAUACUAUGAUGGGCAAACAGGAACCCGGCCAGCAGGGUAUCAUUCCACAGCUGUGCGAGGACUUGUUCAAACGCACACUGGAAAAUAAAGACCCAGAACUUUCCUAUUCAGUAGAGGUAUCGUAUAUGGAGAUCUACUGUGAGCGGGUGCGUGAUCUCUUAAACCCUAAGAGUAAGGGAGCCUUGCGGGUUCGUGAGCACCCCAUCAUGGGGCCCUAUGUGGAAGACCUGUCCAAAUUGGCUGUCACCUCUUACUCAGACAUCCACGACCUAAUGGACUGCGGGAACAAGGCCCGGACGGUGGCUGCCACCAACAUGAAUGAGACUAGCAGUCGCUCCCACGCAGUCUUCACCAUCGUUUUCACUCAGCACAGACGAGAUCAGCUCACCAAUCUGGACACCGAGAAGGUCAGUAAGGUCAGUCUGGUUGACCUUGCUGGCAGUGAGAGGGCCGACUCCUCUGGAGCCAAAGGCAUGAGGCUGAAGGAAGGAGCCAACAUUAACAAGUCUUUGACAACACUAGGAAAAGUAAUCUCUGCUCUGGCUGAAAUGCAAGGCAGUAAGAAACGCAAGGCCGAUUACAUCCCCUACCGAGACUCCGUCCUCACCUGGCUACUCAAGGAGAAUCUGGGCGGUAACUCCCGCACUGCCAUGAUCGCUGCACUCAGUCCAGCUGACAUCAACUAUGAGGAGACCCUCAGUACCCUCAGAUAUGCGGACCGGGCAAAGCAAAUACGCUGUAACGCGAUCAUCAAUGAGGAUCCAAACGCUCGUCUGAUCAGAGAACUGAAGGACGAGGUGAAGCGCCUCAGAGAACUACUGCUUUCCCAAGGACUCAGCGAACUCAUGGCUGCUCAAGCUACAGAAGUGAAUAAUAACAACUGUGUGCCUGGAGUGGGUGUGGCCUCCCAGCCUGCUGCUCCCGCCUCCAAUGGAGCCCCACCCCCUCAACCAGCCAAUCCUGAUGCUGCUCAAGAAGGUGAACCAGGGUCAGAUGACAGCACUCUCGACCAAACAGAAGAGUUCCAGGAAGAGCCAAUCACCAAAGAAGAAGCAGUGGAGAGAUUACAGGAAACAGAGAAGAUAAUCGCUGAACUGAAUGAAACUUGGGAGGAGAAACUAAGAAAGACAGAGAACAUACGUCUAGAAAGAGAGACACUGUUGGCAGAGAUGGGGGUUUCUAUCAAAGAGGAUGGAGGAACAGUAGGAGUCUUCUCUCCAAAAGGAACACCUCAUCUAGUUAACCUGAAUGAAGAUCCACUAAUGUCAGAGUGUCUGCUGUACUACAUCAAAGAGGGGGUCACCAGGGUUGGUCAGAAAGAAGUGGAUAUCAGACUAAGUGGGCAGUUCAUCAAAGAGCAGCACUGUGUGUUCUACAGCCAGCUCAAUGAGAAUGGAGAAGUGUAUGUUACUCUGGAGCCUCUGGAGGGAGCAGAGACUUACGUCAAUGGGAAGCAGAUCACUGAACCAGUGGUGCUCAAACAAGGAAACCGCGUUGUGAUGGGGAAGAAUCACGUGUUCAGGUUUAACCACCCAGAACAGGCUCGUCUGGAGCGAGAGCGCAGUGCCACCCAAGACCAGCAGGGGGAGCCAGCUGACUGGAACUAUGCCCAGAAAGAGCUGCUAGAGAAACAAGGGAUUGACAUUAAACUAGAGAUGGAGAAGAGGCUACAGGAUGUGGAGAAUCAGUACCGGAAAGAGAAGGAGGAGGCGGAUCUACUGCUAGAGCAGCAGAGACUGUAUGCUGACUCAGAUAGUGGUGACGACUCUGAUAAGCGCUCCUGUGAGGAAAGCUGGAGGCUAAUUUCAUCCCUCAGAGAGAAACUACCAGCUAACAAGGUGCAGUCCAUUGUGAAACGAGUGGGUCUGCCAAGCAGUGGGAAGCGCCGCCAGCCCCUCCGCGUCUACCAAAUCCCCCAGCGCCGGCGCAUCUGCAAGGACCCGCAGCGCGUCACCGCUGAUGACCUACGUCUGCAAGCAGUUAAGGAGAUCUGUUACGAGGUGGCACUGGGUGACUUUCGGCACUCGCGGCGCGAGGUAGAGGCUUUGGCUCUGGUCAAGAUGCGUGAGCUGGGCCGUCUGUAUAACCGACGUGAGGCGGCUGAGCCUGACAGCUGGCAGGCGGUGGCUGAGGACGUAUGGAACACUGUGGGCAUGGGCGAGAACGCUAACACCACCGUCAAUAUUGCGGCAGUUGAGAUGGGCGGAGAGGGAGGAGGAGGAGGAGGAGGAGGUGGGAAGGGGGAGGAGGUGAGAGGAGGUGGUGUUGUUGGUGGUGGUGGUGGUGGCGGUGGAGGAGGGGAUUUGGGCGACCUGAAGGCGCACAUCAAUAAGCUGACGGACAUCCUGCAGGAGGUGAAGCUGCAGAACAACAUGAAGGACGAGGAGAUCAAAGCCCUCAGAGACCGCAUGAUCAAGAUGGAGAGUAUCAUACCGCUGCAGGAUGAUGGCUCUCCAGAAGACAUGGAUGACAAGGAGGCAGGUGACAGCGGUGACGACCCUUUGGGCGGAAUGGAGCCCGGGGAGGGGACAGGGCGUGUGACCAAGCUGAUGGAAGAGGACCCAGCGUUCCGCCGUGGGCGCCUGCGCUGGCUGCGCCAGGAGCAGCAGCGUCUGCACAACCUGCAGCAGCAGCAGAUCACCAAGAAGCUCAGACGCAGCAGUAGCGGAGCCGGCAUCGGUGCCAUCACUGCCAGCGGGCAGGAGGUGGGCGCCGUGGUCCACCUGCCAGGCACGGGGCGCUUUAUCCCGCCGCAGGAGUGCAAGCUCAAGUUCCCCUUCAAGAGCAACCCACAGCACCGGCUCUCCUGGCCCCACUCGCUUACCGAGAAUGAGAACGACAGAGAGAGGGAGGCAGGAGAAGGAGGAGGAGAAGGGGAUGAAGAGGGUGGAGGCAGGAAAAGUGGAACUAGUCCCUCCCCGCCGCUGCCUGCACUGGCUGCACACGCUGCCCCAUUCGUCCCGGGCACUGGCGCACCUCUGUUACCCCUGCCUUUCCAGAUGACUGCCCACGUGCCCAUCAUCAUGGGCCCGCAUCGCAUGCGCAACCCCUCACCAAGCCGUGGGCCCUGGCAACCACAACAACAGCAGCAGCAGCGUAACUACAGCAACGGGAACUACAGCAAUGGGAACUAUAGUAAUGGUCACUUGGGAAACCAUCAGCAACACCACCAGCAGCAGCACUUCCAGCAGCAACAGCCCAGGCGCUACCGACGCAACUCUCUUGACAGCUCCGUUGCCCAAGGCAACCCUGGUCAUUAUGGCAACCAUAACGGCAACCACAGCAGUCACCAGCAGGGAGGCGGGAGAGGUGGCAAUGGUGCACGGUACCGACGUCCAUCUCCCAGCCCUGGCGAGAGAGACAGGGGUGGCAGUGGUGGUGGAGAUGGGUACUAUGGCAACCAGCGUAGGCCACAGGGUGGUCAGUGCUACCAGCAGUACCCUUUUGCGCCCCCAUUCAACCAUGGACGAGGAGCCCCAGGAGAUUGGGGGCCUAAGGCACAGGGCUACAGCACACCACCCCGCAUGAGACGACAGAACAGUGCUCCAGACCUGAAGCAGAGCAGAGAGACCCCUGUCUGAGUGUGUGUGUGUGUGUGUGUGUGUGUGUGUGUGUGUGUGUGUGUCUGUGUGCUUGUAUGUGUGGGGAUGUGACACAGAUAACAACACUCUCAUAUCUUCCUGCUAUUUGUUCAUUACAACUUUGGUGAUGUUCGCUCAUUUGACUAGCCAACAGUGUGUGGCUGUAUGUAUUUGUGUGUGUGUGUGUGUGUGUAUGUACGUUUGUGUGGGUGUUUUUCCUGAUUAACCCUCACUCAUGUCUGCUUCUGCUGGAUCGUACAGGAAAUGAUGUGAGCUGGUGGUUGUGUGAUGUAUGUCCUGUUUGGGACAGGCUCUGUUCUAACGCACAAACACGAGUCAGCAAUGAGUGUGCUAUUUUGGCAUGCCUCACCAAAUAACUCGACUUGUUGUGUUCAAGAAUAUACAUACCUCUCAAUGUUAUUGCAAUAGACAUGUUAUUCUCUUUUUGUUUGUGGUAGAUAUGUCUGUGUUUGUGUGGGUGCAUACAUGUUUGUCGAAUGGUUAAGCUACUGAUAAUCCCAAAGAAAUACAUCCUAGUUGAUAAGGAGUUGCUGACAUUGGUUUUGAGCGUAGGUGUGUAUGAAUUGUGUUUGUGUGUGUGUGUGUCUGCCUGUUCUAACAGGAUUAAGUACAGUACCUCCUUUAUGUUUCAGGAGAAGUUUGAGUCAGUGUGAGGAAUGCAGGAGUACAGGAGAAGGAUGUGCAGAGAGAAAGAUUCAAAGAUGUGGACUGAGGCGGAGAGUUAAAAAUUUAGGGAGAAAGCAGAAAUAGGAACAUAGAUUUGUUUUCAGUCGAAAGCACCUUAUGUUUGUUCAUCACUACAACACUCUCAAGAGUCAUGUUUAUGCCUCCCCUUUGCUGUUCAACAUUACUUCAUAUUUUAAAGGUGUUUCUCUUUUGCUGUAUUGAACAUCUUAUAUUAUGAUGAAUUCAUUUUUGGACAUUUAUUUUGCAGUUUGUUCUGCACCUCACCUGCAGAUACUAUAGGUCACAAAAGGAACAGUGGUGUGAGACUUUAUUCUCAUGUUUUACUUUGUUUUUUUGAAGUAUGUGUGGGUGUGCUGUGCAGAGACUGAUUUCUUUUAUCUAUUGAGAAGUUACACACUUGUGAAUUGUGACAUGUUUUAGAUUGUGCUAGUUUUUUUUUUUUUUGGGGGGGGGGGGGUGAUUUUAUGUUAAAACAUGCAGUUGCCAUGAAAAUAAUGCAGUAUUUCUGUUUGGGUGUUCAUGGCAACUGUUAAAGGAAGACACAUUGAUAAGACUGAGUGGGACACCGGUACCGGAUCCAGCGGUAGAGGAAAGAAGAAAGUGAGAGAGAGAGAGAGAGAGAGAGAGAGAGAGUAAAAAAGAG